AUGCACUUCUUUUAUCUUGUUGGUCUCCUCGGAUCCAUUGGGACCACCUUCGCGCUCCCGGUCUCCAAUAAUGACCAGGUAGAGUCGGCCCCUCUAGAUGUCGAGAAGCGUUUCUACUACACCAACUAUGUGGCUCCUGAGAAGCGUGAUGAGAAUGUCGAGAACUCCGAAGAAGAACUCGAGAAGCGUUUCUACUACACCCACUAUGUGGCUCCUGAGAAGCGUGACGAGAACCUCGAGAAGCGUUUCUACUACACCCACUAUGUGGCUCCUGAGAAGCGUGACGAGAACCUCGAGAAGCGUUUCUACUACACCAACUAUGUGGCUCCUGAGAAGCGUGAUGAGAACCUCGAGAAGCGUUUCUACUACACCAACUAUGUGGCUCCUGAAAAGCGUGAUGAGAACCUCGAGAAGCGUUUCUACUACACCAACUAUGUGGCUCCUGAAAAGCGUGAUGAGAACCUCGAGAAGCGUUUCUACUACACCAACUAUGUGGCUCCUGAGAAGCGUGAUGAGAAUGUCGAGAACUCCGAAGAAGAACUCGAGAAGCGUUUCUACUACACCCGCUAUGAGACUCCCGAGAAGCGUGACGAGAACCUCGAGAAGCGUUUCUACUACACCAAAUAUGAGGCUCCCGAGAAGCGUGACGAGAACCUCGAGAAGCGUUUCUACUACACACACUAUGUGGCUCCCGAGAAGCGUGAUGAGGAAGCCACUAACAGUGUAUAA